CAUUUGGUUGAAAAGUUGAAGGAAAAAUGCUCCAAGAAGAGAGAUGAAAUUGCAAGAAUGUUGGAAAAGACAUCACAAGUUAAGCAAAUUAAGGAAAAUUUAAACCAAUCUGUGUCUAUGGCAAAAAAAGAGGCAUUUGGACUUGAGCGAGACUGCAAAAGCAAAACUAGCAACAUACAGAAGAUGGUACGACAACUUAAAAUGCUUGAACAACAAGUACAGGAUAUUCACGAGCAGCAUGCAAAAAAUACUCAGGCUGAAGAAUCUAACGUGGAGGAGAAACUGAAGGUGCUUAAAGAUGAGGUUCAUGCAGCUGAGUUAACCCUGAAGAGAUUGAAAGAAGAAGAUGCUUCUUUAAUGGAGAGUAUACGUAGGCAAAAUGACGAAAUCCAAAAGAUAGCUGAUAAGAUUCAUGAUCAUGAAAAAAAUCACCAUGGUACCAUGCGCCGAAUCCGUGAUCUUCAACAACAUCAAAGCAAUAAGAUUACUGUUUUCGGAGGAGCCAAAGUAAUCAAUUUGUUACAAAUAAUUGAGAGAUACCACCGAAGGUUUAAAAUGCCUCCAAUUGGUCCAAUUGGUGCCCAUCUGAAGCUUCUUCAUGGUAAUAAAUGGGCACUUGCCCUUGAAUAUGCUAUUGGGAGAUUGCUCAAUUCUUUUAUAGUGACUAAUCAUGCGGAUUGUCGUCUUUUAAAACAAUGUGCGAAGGAAGCUAACUAUGGUCACCUUCAAAUUAUUAUUUAUGAUUUUUCAAUCCCAAGGUUGAAGAUACCACAACAUAUGCUUCCUGAUACAGAACAUCCAUCAAUUCUUUCUGUCUUACAAUGCGAUAAUCACACUGUGAUUAAUGUCUUAGUGGAUCAGGGAAAUGUUGAGAGGCAAGUGCUAGUCAAGGAUUAUGAAGUUGGGAAAGUGGUUGCCUUUGAGCGAAGGAUCCAAAAUUUGAAGGAGGUCUACACAGCAAAUGGAUGUAGAAUGUUUUCUCGAGGUCCAGUGCAGACUGUUCUUCAUCCAAAUAAGAGGCAAAGAACUGGUCGUCUUUGUGGUUCUUUUGAAGAUGAGAUUGAGAAACUUCAUGCUGAAGCAUCUGAUGAACAAAGGAUUGCCAAUGACCUUAAAAAAAAUAAAAGAGAGGCAGAAGUCAAGCUUGAGGAACUUGACAAAUAUAUGAGUUCUAUUAAGAGACAAUGUGUAAAUGCAAGUAAAAGUUUUACUUCUAAGAAGCUAGCUUUGGAGGAAGAAAUGCAUCUGCACUCUGCUGAAAAUAAUGCAACGCCUUUGUCCUCUGUUGAUGAGCUUGUUGAAGAAAUUUCAGAGAUCCAGAAAAAAAUAGAAGAAGAACAAGUUUUGCUAGAUGGCCUUCAGAAAAACGGGCUUGAAGCAGCAGGAAAAGUGGAUGAUCUUAAAUUAGAAUUUGACAAACUUUGUGAAUCAGCGAAUGGUGAAAUUGCUGCCCUAGAGAAAGCUGAGAGUGAACUUGUAGAAAUUGAAAAAGAAAUGGGUUCAGCAAAUAAGGCAAAGGAUCAUUAUGAGGGUGUCAUGAAAAACAAGGUCCUAAUUGAUAUUGAGGAGGCAGAGGACCACUAUCAGGAGCUUACAAAGAAGCGCAAGGAAAGUGUUGAAAAGGCUUCCAUAAUAUGCUCUCAGAAUGAACUUGAUUCAUUAGGAGGUUGUGAUGGCAAUACCCCAGAGCAAAUCAGUGCUCAAUUAGGAAGACUUAAUCAGACACUAAUGCGCGAGAGUCAAAGGUACUCGGAAUCAAUUGAUGAUCUUAGGAUGCUGUAUAAGAAAAAAGAGCGUAAGAUUGCAAAAAGGCAGCAAGUUUACAGAACCCUUCAACAGAAAUUGGAUGUAUGUAUUUUUUGGUUUUACUUAUUCUAUCGAUAAAUGCAAUUUUGUCGG